CCAGCAGAUGAAGAGGCGCUUCAACCACGUGGCCGCUCAGCGUCAAACCGGAAGUACGAUACCAAGAUGUCUGCGCCCGAAGAACACGCGCUUGAGGAAGAAGAAGAGGAGAUGGAAGAAACAGGCAGCGAUGGAGAAGAAGAAAUGGAAGGAGAGGGCGAUGGCGAAGAAAAGCAGGUAUAUGUACCCGGGAUCGAGCCUCUCAAGACCGGGGAGGAGCUGGAAAUGGACCGCUCCGCGUACCGAAUGUACCACGAGUGUCAAACAGGUUCUCCCUGUUUGAGCUUCGACGUGGUGAAGGAUGGAGACGGGGACGGAAGGGGGCAGUUUCCUCUGUCCAUGCUGCUGUGUGCGGGCACGCAGGCCGACGCCGCUCAGAAGAACAGGCUCCUGGUCAUGCGCAUGCACAACCUUCACGGAACAGAGAAAGAAAACGAGGAGGAGGAGGAAAGCAGCAAUGAGGAAAGUGAUGAUGAGGAGGAAGAUGAAAACAAGAAACCGCAUUUGGAACUGGCCAUGACGCCGCACUAUGGAGGAGUUAACCGAGUUAGAGUUACUCAGUGUGGACAGCAGUCGCUCGCUGCUGUGUGGUCAGAGAAAGGACAGGUGGAAAUAUUUGACCUCCGACCUCAACUGGAAGCCGUCCACAGCUCGGCUGCUAUGUCUGCCUUCCUUCAACAGCAGAAGGAAGCCAAACCCCUCUUCAGUUUCUCUGGACACAUGAGUGAAGGCUUCGCUAUUGAUUGGUCCCCCAAAGCACCCGGUCGUCUUGUCAGCGGGGACUGCAAGAAGAACAUCCACGUGUGGGAACCACGAGAAGGAGGCUCUGCAUGGCAGAUUGACCAAAGGCCUUUCAGCUCUCACAGCAAGUCUGUGGAGGACCUGCAGUGGUCGCCCACUGAAGCCACAGUUUUUGCGUCAUGCUCCGUGGAUCAGUCUAUUCGUGUCUGGGAUAUCCGCGCCCCACCUAAUUCAAUGCUUUCAGUGGACGGAGCUCACGCAUCUGACAUCAAUGUGAUCAGCUGGAACAGGAGCGAACCAUUCCUUCUGUCGGGCGGGGAUGAUGGGCUUCUAAAAGUCUGGGACCUGCGACAAUUUAAGACUGGUCGUGCAGUGGCGAACUUCAAGCAGCACAGCGCCCCCAUCACCUCCGUGGAGUGGAGCCCGGCAGACUCGAGCGUGUUCGCUGCCUCAGGAGCGGACGACGUCAUCAGCCAGUGGGACCUGUCGGUGGAGUCGAGCGAUGUGGGCGCCAGGGUGGAGGGGCUGAAGGACCUUCCUCCUCAGCUCCUGUUCCUGCACCAGGGCCAGUCUGAGAUCAAGGAGAUCCACUGGCAUCCGCAAAUCCCUGGCGUGAUGAUCUCCACGGCCCUGUCAGGGUUCAACGUGUUCAGGACGAUCUCGGUGUAAUCAUUUCACUAAAGGCGUUCGUCUUUAUAUUUGCAAAAGGAAUGGUGGAUUCUGCAGUUAGUGGGACUGUUUAAGUACUGAAGAGUUGGAUGUUUGUUUAUUUAUCCCGUUUCCAUGGGUACAGAUGUAUCCCUGGAGUUUAAAAAACAUGGAUUGUGAGCUUGCAUGUGCAGAGGUGCACUUCUCCUUUUUACUGCAAAUAAGCUCCAACCUUUCUGUGCAGAUGCAUGUAUAGUAAACUUCAAAAGUGCAUUUGUUAGGAUCUUGUAAUAAUGUACAAAGCAUUUUUAUAUAAUUAGGAAGAGAUGCCUGGUAUUAAGUAUCUCUGUCUUACAGAUUUACAAAUAUUUUAGUAGUUUCCUCCUCCGUCACUCAAACACGUAUGAUAGCAAAAAAAUAAAAUAUUGUGCUGUGUUAUUAGAAUAUUAAAGUUAAUAAAACAUGAUC